ACCAAACGGCAGGAAACCGCGCUGUGGCUGCGGCUAACUUUACUACAUUUUCAUGGCGUUUUGUUGAUUAAAGCCCACGUUUUGUCUGCUCGUUUUCCUUCUUCUGUUCAUGAUUCACACUGUGUAACCAGCGGAACGGUUCUUACAUUAAAUUUUCGUAUUUGUGUGGUUUUAUGAGUCUUUCGGUGUGGUUUAUUUCAGCAGAGAGGCUGAUAGAUGCGCUAGCCCUCGGUGCUAGCCCCUUGCUAACGGUUUGGUGGUUUCACGGUUUUCACGGCGCUCCGGGCUUCUAACGGACCGGUACCAGGGCCGGGACACUGCUCGGGGGAUGGAGCCGUGACAGAGCCUGUCUUUGCGGUAAAAAAUGUCUCAAACGCGAACACAGGGACAAGACAUGCAGCUGAGCGACGAGAACGAGCUGCAGCGGAAAUUGCCGAAGUCUGACGGAAAUGCUGCUAUCGCCUCAGAUGACCCCCUGCCUCAGUCGUUGGAUCAGCCAAUCAGUGAUGAGGAUCCUGCCUGGUCCUUCUCUAGGGACUCUCUGAGUCCAGUCCUGUGUCCAGUCCGGUCCAGAGGGAGACCCAGAGGCCGAUCUAGAGGAGGACCGGCCUUUGGGGGGGUCUUUUUGUGUGAAUUCUGCAGACGGGGGUUUAAGUUCCGGUCAGCGCUGGACAUUCACAUGCGCUCUCACACCGGGGAACGCCCCUUCACCUGCACGCUGUGCGGGCGGGGCUUCAGCCUCAAGGGAAACCUGAAGGCACACAUCAAGACUCACGAAAGGAACCACCUGAGCCGGACCAGGACAUGGCCUAAACCAGAGACGGACCCGAUCACAGACAGUCCGGACAGCCCAGACAGCUCUGAACAGGAUCUUAAUCAGUUUAUCAUGGAGCUGAACAGGUCUGGACCUUCAAUGAUCUGGACCCCUCCUCAGACCCUGCCCUUGUCCCUGCCUGAGUCCAGACCGGAGUCCAGACCGGAGUCCAGACCGGAGUCCAGACCGGAGUCCAGACCGGAGUCCAGACCGGAGUCCAGACCGGAGUCCAGACCGGAGCCCAGACCGGAGCCCAAACCACUGCAGUGCCCAGUGUGCUGUAAGACAUUCAGCUGGAGGUCGACUCUGUCUGUGCACAUGCGUGUGCACACCGGGGAACGCCCAUUCACAUGCACACUCUGCGACAGGCGCUUCUCUCUAAAGGGAAACCUCAAGGACCAUAUGCGUCGCCACCUACUGGACAAACGCCACCUCUGCCCCUUCUGUGGACUGGGCUUUAACCACCAAAGUCUGCUACUCAGUCAUUUGGCUGUGCACACUACAGGAGGAGAGGGGGAGGAGGGGGGAGAAGAGGAGGAACGAAGGGAGGUGGUUGACACUGAAGGGGAGGGGGAGGGAGGGAGCGUGCACACCUGUCCCUUCUGUGGACUCGGGUUCAACCAUGAAAGUCUGCUCCUGAGUCAUGUGACUGUGCACACCAUGGGGGAGGAGAGCGUGCAUGAGGAGGAGAGCGUGCAUGGGGAGGAGAGCGUGCACAGGGAGGAGAGCGCACACGUGGAGGAAAACGUCCACGAGGAGGAAAGCACGCACAUGGAGGCCGAGGAGGAUAAGGAGCACCUGUGUCCUUUAUGUGGACUUGGGUUCAACCACAUGAAACUUCUGCUCAGACACCUGACUGUUCACACCUCAGCAGAGGAGGGGGAGGAGGGGGGAGAGGGGAGUGUGCAUGUGCAGGCCGGUGUGCACGAAGGGAGGAGUGUACAUGAGGGCCGGGGGGAGGGGGAGGAAGAAGAGGUAUUCUUUGCUAUAACCAUCCAGUGA